CGGAAAGCGCCGAGGCCGGGCCGGGCCGGGCCGCGAUGCUGCAGCUGCGGGACGCGGACGAGGGCGGCCCGGGCGGCGGCUCUGGGAGCCCCGGCAGCCCCGGGGCCGCCACGCUGGUGCCGGGGCGGACCGAUCCGCCCUUCGAGCCGCCCGCUCCGCCGGCCCGGCAGACGCUGCGGCCGCUCAGUGUUCGCACCGCGGGCCGCGCCGGCCGCCUGCGCCAGUACUUCGUGUUCCGGCCCGGCACCAUCGAGCAGGCCGUGAGCGAGAUCCGGGUGGUCGUGCUGCCCGCCGAGGACGGGGAGGUGCAGAGCGUGUGGCUGCUCACAGAAAUCGAUCACUGGAACAAUGAGAAGGAGCGCCUUGUCCUCAUCACGGACUGGUCCCUCCUGGUCUGUAAGUACAACUUCAUCAGCCUGCAGUGCCAGCAGGUGACGAGGAUCGCCCUCAGCGCUGUGGACACCAUCUCCAUGGGGGAGUUCGAGUUCCCACCGAAAUCUCUGAACAAGCGGGAAGGUGUCGGUAUCCGCAUUCAGUGGGACAAGCAAAGCCGUGCCUCCUUCAUCAACAGGUGGAACCCCUGGUCCACCAACAUCCCCUACAUCACCUUCACCGAGCACCCCAUGGCAGACGCUGACGAGAAGGUCGCGUCCCUGUGCAGGCUGGAAAACUUCCAAACCCAGCUGAUCCAGGCUGUGAAGAAAGCCCACAAGGAGGGCCCUUUGCCAGGAAGUGCUACCGGUGUCCUGGUGCUGGAGCGGCCCAUCCUCAUCGAGACCUACCUGGGACUGAUGUCCUUCAUCAACAACGAGGCCAAACUGGGUUACUCCAUGACAAGAGGAAAAAUUGGAUUUUAACCCCCCGUUGAAUGGCAAGUGACUUGCUGUUGGUCCCCUGGGGAGAGCACGCUGAGGGCAGAGCACACGGGGGCAAAGGGAAGUUUGGGGAAGGAAAGAGGGUGGUUGUAGGACAGUUCCAGGUUGGUUUGGGAGUGCACAGGUUGGAUUUGAGAAGCAGGCACACAGUGGUGUCAGUCUGGUAUUUUGUACCUGAUAUUCAGCCCCCACAGUCCUUGUGGGGUGAGCAGCAGCGUGUUCCGUGUCCUCCCAGGCCUGUUCCUCCUGUUCAUGAAGUGCCCUUGGAACCUGCUGAAACCCUGCCCACGUACCUGCUGUACAACAGAACCUUUGUGCCACAUUACUGCAGUAUCCCUGUGUAUGGUGUCCAGUCCCACCCUGUGCUUGGGACUGAUAAAGAGGAAUUACUGUUCCAGUCUCCAUGAUCUCAGCGCUCUCAUUAAUGCCCGUUAGGAAUCCUGAAAGCUGUCAGUCAGUCUUUAACAAUAUUUGCUGGCUUUUGCUAAAGCUGCACUGUUCCACCUGCUCAGCAGCAGCUGGUGAACUCUGAAUAUGCUUUUUGUAAAAAUCCCUCUAAGAACCCACUGGAACUUCCUCUGUUUCCUUGCUGCAGCCACAGAGUAAAGACUGUUGUGAGAGAACAUUGCCAAGAGCCUCACCAACACAUUUGCCUUCAAAGCUGUUCUUUGUAAAACUGAAAAGGAAUUCUAUUUUGGUUAGACUGAUAUUCUUAGCUGUUUUUCUGAAAUCUACUCUAGUUUGGGCCAGGACUUUUUAAUGGAGACAGAGAAAAAUCUUUCAGCACUGUGUGUCAGCCUUGCUUUAUACAUUCCUGCCCUGAGCCUCAUGUCCAGGGAUUAAAUUGAGAAGCAGCACAAGAGACACUGAGCUGGCAUUGCUGAAGAGCUGAUUCUAACAAGCUUCUUCUUUGUGCAUGACCUUCUCUCCAUGCCCUUUUAUCAGAGCCUUUAUCUGCUGGAUAAACACUGUGCUGCAGUGGUGUUUUUUUGCCUUAACCUAGGUGUGUGUUUGUGAAACUCAUGUAAAGCUGCAUUCCAUCAAACACUCCAACAAGCUGCAUCGUCCCUCUCUGUGCAUUUUUAAGUUAUCCAAUUUUCAUUAACCUCCAAUAAAGUUAAAGUUCAACUCA